AUGAGGAGCUUUUUGCUGUACUCAAAGUAUAAAGUUGACUUUAUUGUAGAACAGAAAGUGAUUUUUGAUGGGACAAAACAAUCAUCAUCAGUCACAUCAUUUAAUCAUUCGUUUGAUUUUGAUUACAAACGUGAAACAAAAAAUUUAUACAAAAUAAUGAAACAAUGUACUGUAGCACACACAAUUGAUAUACAAUACAUCUUAAAUUUUCUAUCCUCUUUCGAUAGUGAACAACGUUUAAUUUUGGUAAGAGAAUUAGAGUUUCAACAUGAUUACAAACUGGUCGAUUCCAUACUAGCUGAAAAAGAUUCUCUAUUACGUUCGUGUACACUAGCGUUAAUCAUGGAAUCUGAAGAGUUGUAUUCUAGAAAUUUUCACGAUUUAUUACACAACGCCUAUACAACACAUUAUCGUUCACUACUUGAAAUAUUAUUAACAAUGAAUAAAGAAGAUAUGAAAAAAUUCAAAGAUUAUUAUAAACAAAUCUACACUUGUUCUGUUGAAAGUGAUGUCAAGAAUAUUGUAACAACACCAACAAUCUUUUAUAAUUUAAUAUUAGCAAUGUUAGAAGAACAACGAAGUGAACAAAUCAGUCACAGUGCAACAUCAGCCAAACAGAUAGCAAAACUGUUGUAUGAGGCUGGUGAAGGAACUCCAGGAUUAGAUCAUGAAACAUUUAUUCAAACAUUUGCAGUGGAUAGUUUUUCUCAAUUAUCAGCUAUAUUUGAUGAAUAUGAAGAUAAAUAUGGUAAACCGAUCAAUGUUGCUAUUAAUCAAAAAUUUACACAUCAAAUCGAACGAGAAUCUUUUGAAGAUAUUAUUCAAUAUACAAGAAAUCCAGCCACCUAUUUUUCAAAUAUAUUACAUAAAUCAUUGAAUGAAAAUCCCAUAGACUAUACAUCGUUAAUUCGAAUUAUUAUUGGUCAUUCAGAAAAAGAUUUAUGUGAAAUUGCAUUAGAAUAUUCGAAAUUAUUUGAAUUAUUAGAACAAACAAUUAGUAAACAAAUAGAAACAGGUGAAAUCAAAAAAUUAUUUCUUAAAUUAGUUACAAAUGGUCAUUCAUCUGAUAUACAAACGCAACAUAGCAAUGGGCAGUCAAGUCAUACAGGAAUGAGAAGAAAUCGUUCGCAGGAGGCAUUGGAUAAAGUUCUCUACACAUUAAAAGGAAUUCGACACCAGUAG